AUGAUGACUGCCGCAAGUGCUGCCGCUGGUCGCCAGUCGUUCCUCGUGGUGUUCGAUUUUGAUCACACGGUGGUCGACUGCAACACUGACGAGGUGGUGCCCCAACAGUUGGGCUGCGGCGACCACCUGCGCUCCCUCAUGAAGGCGCAGCCGCAGAUGCAGUGGACGAAACUCGUUGACACUGUCGUGGCGCCUUUCACUCGGGCGCAGAUCGAAGGUGCGGUGAAGAAGAGCGUCGUGAUGGAGGAGGGAAUGCCUGAAGUAUUCCGCUUCCUCCAGCAGCAGCAGCAGCUGGGGCAACAGGGAGACAAUCCCGCUGCUUCCUCUCAGGUGGAGAUUGCCAUUGCAAGCGAUGCGAACCAUGUGUUCAUUGAGACUGCCAUUGCACAUCACAUUCCCUUCGCACGACAGGGCAUUUCGCAGAUCCACAGCAAUUCCUUCCACGACGUCACUGACGGUGGCGAGGCGCGACGGUGCCGUUUGACGUGGUACGAGCCGGAAGGACACAACUGCACCUGCUGUAAUAUGCGCGAACACCCCAACAUGUGUAAAAGUCGUAUCAUAUCUCGUCUGCUCCACACGAGCCGACUCAUUGAUCCCACUGUGAUAUUCAUCGGCGACGGCGCAAAUGACUACUGCCCGGUGAUAAAUGUUCUGCGCCCGCGUGACUACAUGUUCGCCCGCCGUGGGUUUCCCAUUCACCGCCUCCUCUCCAAUGAGACGGAGGCGGGCGGCUGCUGCAAGAUUGGACUCUGGGCUGACGCACGGGAGCUGCUGCAGAACUUCCAGCGCGCGAUGAGCCCAGCGGAGCGCUUACCAACCCUCGUGCGUUUCCGCGACGCGGGGCCGCAUGAGUUCCGUAAUGUGACGCUGCUGAAACGGAUUCCCCAGGUGCUUGAGCGCACGCUCAAGGACAAUGAUAACUACACUUCCGACACGGGGCGGAAGCUGAUCAAUGCGCUCAUUAAGGCAACACACAACAACGAUGUGGUGGCACCGCUUCCGGGACAAGCGACGGUGCCAGUGUGGCUGCAGAGCUUCGCCAUGGCGCCGGAGUACGACCACGACAUUGACAGUGUGGAACGGCAGAAGAUGGAGGGUGGGGCUAUUGCCCCUCGUUGGGGCCAGUUGCCGUGGCUGCAUGGUGAGAUUUAUUUCUAUAACCUCAUCGCGCAGUACCUGAUGCUUGCAGAAGGCAGCAGCAGCAGCAGCGGCGGCGGCGACGACAAGCGAGCACAUGCAGUGACAACAGAGCGGGUGCCGAAUAUCGUAACACCGUAUGCGAUCUGCAGCCCUAUCGGCACACAUGACUGCUCCCUCGCGACUCACGCGAUGGUGUCAGCGAAGGGGGCCACACCACUGCAGUCCUUUGACCCAUCGUUCCUCGCGCAGGGCGGCCUCAAGAGCGUGACGGGGAGCGUGCUGCUGCAUGAUGGCAGAAUGAACUACAACGCGAUUGCCGUUGGCGACACCGUUGAGCUCCCACGCACCCAUUUCCAAUCUUACCGCGAUUUUUUCACACGUGAGAAGCACGAGGUGCUGCAGAGCUUCCUCAAGGUGAAGAUAUGCCCGAUGCUCGCGUGCGUGCCGUGGGAGGCCGGUGACGGCUUUGUCGACGUGCUGCUGCGCUGGAUGCUGUGGGGCAACAGCGUCGACCUCUCCAUGUUCACGCUCGAACAGCUGCAGGAGAAACACCAAGGGGCAUACGUUGGAGCAGCAGGAAAUGACACAACGCACAUCGAUGCCCUGCGCGCGGCGGAGGCUGCAUCAGUGUCUCGGCAGGAUGACAACAUCGUUGGCAAUCAGGUUGAUCAGGUGGCACAGCUUGUGCGGCGCAUCGUGCGGAGUGAGCCACGAGACGCCACGACACCGCGCAGCAUAGAUAUUGUGAUGGAUAACGUGGGCGUGGAGUGCGUGGCGGACCUCAUCUUCGCGCUGUGGGUGCUGCAGCACCACCCCUCGCUGCGCGUCACGCUGCACGUGAAGUGCAUGCCCUACUACGUCUCCGAUGUGACGCCGCCGGAUUUCGCUUUUCUGGUGGACCAACUCGAGAGAUGUGCGGAGAGGGAGCCGGAGAUGUCGAAGUUCCUCCUGCGGUUUGUGCAGUUGAUUCGGGAGGCCUUCAGCAACGGCCGGCUCCGCAUCGACGCAGAUCAGGUGUGGAUUCAGCCGUGUGAGUACCGUGAGUUGCCACCGCGGGUUUGCAACACAUUCUUCUACACCCAGCGGCUGCUAAGCGCGGAGGAGCUCCAGCAGCCGCCGCAACAACAACAACAACAACAACAACAGGGGCGAGCGUCAUGCCCUUUUACCAGAUGCAGACGCUUCAAGGCGCUCUCUGCACUCGUGAUCUUCAAGGGCGACCUCAACUUCCGCCGUCUCGUUGGCGACCGCCACUGGGACGCCCGCGCGUUCAUGACGACACUCUCACCGGCCGAGCGUGCGAGUCCCUCUGUGACAACAACACUCCUCGCUGACACACCGUCUGCGCAGUGGGAGGAGGCGCCAAGCUUUGAGCGCAUCGUCUCGGCGUUCUGGCCGGUGCACAUUGUACCGGUGUGCGCCAUCCGAACGGUGAAGAGCGAAGGCGCCGUUGGGGUCGCAGCGGCGCGGCAGGACGUGCUGGACCGCGCCAACCCCGAUUGGAAGACGUCGGGGAAGUGCGGCACAAUUCUCCUCGCGGCCAGCGAUGCCAGCCAGCAUGAAUAA